GAAACCCUAGGUACUUCUCCCCUGGAGUACUUGUGUACUUUGAUUGCCUACAGAAGCCACAAAUGUCCAUUUGAAGUACCAACUACUAUCUUUGCCAGUCUUCUCAAGUGAAAGUCAUUAUUUCCCAUUGAAAUCUUGCCUUCCCCUCAAAGGAAGAGAGAGAAAGUGUGUGUGUGUGUGUGUAUGUGUGUCUGUCUAAGCCAAUCUUUACCAUCAAAAACUACACACUUUCUCUUCGUCUCUCUCCCUCCCAAUUGAACCUUUAUCACUCUCAACUUUUAUCUUGUAAAAGAUUCAACAGAAAAUGGAAGUGGAGCAAGAUAUGGAUACAUGGGAAGGGUAUGUGGAUUGGAAGAACAAACCUGCUCAAAAGGGUCGUCAUGGUGGCAUGCUUGCUGCCUUCUUUGUCUUAGUUGUGGAGGUGAUGGAGAACUUGGCAUAUCUGGCAAAUGCAAGCAAUCUGGUGUUGUACUUGAAAGACCACAUGCACUUUUCCCCUUCAAAAGCAGCAAAUAAUGUCACAGAUUUCAUGGGAACUGCUUUCCUUCUUGCUCUUCUUGGUGGCUUCUUAUCUGAUGCUUUCUUCACCACUUACCAUAUCUACCUCAUAAGUGCACUCAUUGAGUUUCUGGGACUUGUGAUAUUAACCAUACAAGCUCGUUCCUCGUGGCUAAAACCACCCAAGUGCACCUCAUCGGACCCGUCGGUUCCAUGCGAAGAGGUCCACGGUGGUCAAGCCGCGAUGUUGUUUUUGGGGCUCUAUCUGGUGGCGCUAGGUGUCGGAGGUAUUAAAGGAUCGUUACCGACACAUGGCGCUGAACAGUUCGACGAAAACGACGUGAAAGGAAGGAAACAGAGAUCGACGUUUUUUAAUUACUUCGUGUUUUGCCUUGCCAUCGGUGCUUUGAUCGCAGUUACUUUUGUUGUUUGGAUUGAAGACAAUAAAGGAUGGGAAUGGGGAUUCGGUAUCUCAAUGUUGACGAUCUUUUUGUCGAUCCCUGUCUUCUUGGCUGGUUCGGGUUUUUAUCGUAACAAAGUUCCUCGCGGAAGUCCUCUAACGACUAUUUUUAAGGUUCUAGUUGCAUCAAUGUUAAACACUUGUAUAGCGAGGAGCCCGAGCAAUGCCAUAGCGAGUAUGUCUCCGCCGAUCUCCGCUAACCCCGAAGAACGAACGAUAACUCCGGCGAAGCAAAACGAAGAACCCGAAACCCCGUCUUCGAGCCUCAAGUUUCUGAACCGAGCUGCGAUGAAUAAACCCGCCUGCAAUUUCCUCCAAUGCUCGGUCCACCAAGUCGAAGAGGUCAAAAUCGUGCUGAAAGUUCUCCCGAUCUUCGGCUGCACCAUCAUGCUCAACUGCUGCCUAGCCCAGCUCUCCACCUUCUCCGUCCAACAAGCCUCCACCAUGAACACGAAGAUCGGAAACUUAAAAGUUCCACCGGCGUCCCUACCGAUUUUCCCGGUGGUAUUCAUAAUCUUACUCGCACCGAUCUACGAUCACAUCAUAGUCCCAUUUGCUCGGAAAACCACCAAAUCUGAAAUGGGGAUUUCACACUUGCAACGAAUCGGGAUCGGACUCCUCCUCUCGAUUGUAGCCAUGGCUAUCGCAGCUCUAGUCGAGAUCAAACGCAAACGGAUCGCCACAAAAACAGGUCUCGAUACACAUGAACCGUUACCAAUAACUUUCUUGUGGAUCGCUUUCCAGUACUUGUUCCUCGGAUCGGCAGAUUUGUUCACGUUGGCCGGAUUACUCGAGUUUUUCUUCACCGAAGCACCGGCAACUAUGCGAUCUUUGGCCACUUCAUUAUCGUUCGCCUCUUUGGCGAUGGGGUACUAUUUGAGCACCGUGAUAGUGUCGGUCGUGAACAGCGCCACCGGGAGCUCCGACCACCGGGGAUGGCUGUCCGGCGGCAACUUCAACCAUUACGAUUUGGAGAAAUUUUACUGGCUGAUGUGCGCAUUGAGUGCCCUCAAUUUCCUUCACUAUUUGUUUUGGGCUCAUCGGUACAAGUACAGAUCUACAGGGGUUGAAAAUUGAAAUAUGGAAAAGUUGAAGGUGUAUAGAAGAAACUUAGCCGAGCUAGGUUCGUACACAUGACAUACAUUCUCAGCUUAGCUUCUGUAUAUAACAGGGGGGACGAGAGGGGUUUUCUUGUAGUCGUAAUUUAUAAAAUUUCAUUUUACACCCUUCAUCUUUUCAAA